GUCUCUGGUACAACAUCGAAAGCUGCUGAGAGAAACUUUUCUUCAAUCUGACCUGAAUGCCGAGCAGCUGGAGAAAGAAGUACAGGCUCAGAUGAAAAAUGUUAAAGCUCAAUUGCCAAAAUGUUUUCUGUCCAUGGAAGACAUGGUUGUGGCCGAAUCAGCUAUAAUUCGUUUUUGCCAAAGAACAAGGUUUCCAGAGGAACUGGUCAACUUGGAGAAAGGGCAGGGUGUGAGAAGGACGAGUCACCUUUUCAAGCUAAGUCCGUUCCUGGAUGGUGGUCUUAUUAGGGUCGGGGGGCGGCUUAGUAGAGCUUCUAUGCCAGUUGAAGCUAAGCAUCCAGUUAUACUGGCAAAAGAUCUGUACAUCUCUAAUUUGAUUCUCCAUCAUGUACAUGAAGUAACAGGACAUGGUGGACGAAACUACAUGCUGUCUCAUCUGCGUCAGAAGUAUUGGAUUCCUGGCGCCUGUGUUGCCAUAAGAAGAAUUCUGGCCAAGUGUGUCAUCUGCCGUCGUUUGUCUGCUGCUCCUGGACAUCAAAAAAUGGCCGAUCUUCCUCAUAACAGAAUUACUCCUGAUGAGCCUCCUUUUAGUAGAGUUGGUUUGGACUGCUUUGGACCAUUUGAGGUCAAGCGUGGAAGAGCUGUGGUCAAGAGGUAUGGGCUCAUUUUUACCUGCCUGGCGAUACGAGCCAUACACCUUGAAGUGUUAUCAUCUUUGGACACAGACUCAUUUAUUAAUGGUCUCAGAAGAUUUAUUGCACGUCGUGGUCAAGUCCUGGAAAUCCGUUCAGAUAACGGUACUAACUUUGUGGGCGCUGAACGAGAAUUAAGGAAGGCCAUUGAAAAGCUGAACCACAAACUCAUAAAUGACGUGCUGCUACAAAAAAAUGUGAAAUGGGUUUUCAACCCUCCAGCAGCAUCACACCAUGGAGGUGCUUGGGAAAGGUUGAUCCGUUCAGUUCGUAAGGUGCUCAACUCUAUUUUAAAGACUCAGACCUUGGACGAAGAAGGCUUGGUGACUGUGUUUUGUGAGGCUGAAUCUAUUGUUAACAGCCGUCCAAUAACAAAAGCAUCAACAGAUCUUCAAGAUCUGGAAGCAUUAACACCUAACCAUCUACUUCUUCUCAAGACACAGCCGUUGUUGCCACCUGGAGUGUUUGAGAAGGAGGAUCUGUACGCUCGUCGUCGGUGGAAACAAGUGCAGUAUAUGGCGGAUCUGUUCUGGAAGCGCUGGGUGAAGGAGUAUCUUCCUGAGCUUCAGGAGCGCCAGAAAUGGAAUACUGCACGGAGAAACUUCGUUCCUGGAGAUCUAGUGGUGCUAGUGGAUGAUAUGGCACCGCGCAAUACUUGGACUACAGGAAGAAUUGUGGACACUGUUCCAGACAAAAAUGGACUAGUUCGGAGUGUACGGAUUAAAACUAAAACAAGUUGUUUGGACAGGCCAAUAACCAAAGUCUGUCUUCUGCAGGAAGCAGAAGAGCAGUGAAGACCUGUGGAUUAUUUGGGCAUGAACUUUGAGCUUUUGAAUGGACUGGUCUGACUUUAUUAGACUGCUUGGAUCUAAGACUAUAAAUUGGACUUUGAUGAACUUGUGUGUUCACUUUGAAUGUGCAUUGGUGUCUCCUACAAGGUGAUGGUGGUGGUGAAUUAUUAUCAUGAAAUAAUUUGGGGCCGGAAAUGUAGGAGCCAUACUUUGUUUUGCUGUAUAUCUUGUGCUCUUCUGACAAUAAUAUCCUCUCUAUGGGUGUAUGGGCACCCGCAUGUGACGUCACUGGUAUCUGUGGGUGGCACCGUGGGUGUGGUGUCAUCUGUAUUAGUUUGUUUGCUCACCUGAGUUCAACAGCGACCUGGAUUACGACGGCUGGGUGAGCUUGGGGAGAAACUUUCUGUUAACCGUCAUCAACGCAUGGUUUGAUGUAUCCAUGCACGGCUCAUAAAUGCUGAACACAAACAGAAACACGGGAGAAAAAAUGGCCGCCAGGUGCGAUGACCCGGCCGUCCUGACGGAGCAGGAGGAGCUACAGAGGAGAGCCAAUCAGGUCACAGAUGAGUCCCUGGAAAGUACCAGACGGAUGGUUCAGCUGGUGGAGGAGAGCAAAGAUCUUGGGAUCAGAACUGUGGUGAUGUUAGACGAACAAGGAGAGCAGCUGGAGCGCAUUGAGGAAGGCAUGGACUCCAUCAACAGGGACAUGAGGGAGGCAGAGAAGAACCUGACAGACAUGGCUCAGUGCUGCGGCCUCUGCAUCUGGCCGCUCAGGAAACUGAAAGCCUUUGAGGAGAGCGGGGCGUACAAGGCGGUGUGGGGUGGAGCCUCCAAUCAGGACGGGGUGGUGUCCAGUCAGCCUCCCACGUCGCGGGUGGUUGACCAGCGAGAGCAAAUGAUGAUGAGUGGAGGAUACAUUCGCAGGGUGACCAACGAUGCCCGGGAGGACGAGAUGGAGGAGAACCUGGAUCAUGUGGGAAGCAUCAUGGGGAAUCUGAAAAGUAUGGCUCUGGACAUCGGCAAUGAGCUCGAGUCACAGAAAGAUCUGAUCGGCCGCAUUGGUGAAAAGGCCAACCUCAACGUUUCCCGCAUCGAAGCCGCCAACCAGAAAGCUAACAACCUCAUGAAGCGAUAGGAGGACCGGAUGUCUGGCUUUAGUCUCCUUUAGGAUCCUUUUCUGUAGAACUUCUGACAGCGUCAUCUCUUCAUUUAUAAAUAACUGUAGUUUAGUUCUGUGAACCAUAGAUACCUUUGGAUUAUAGUGCUUGAAUUAGACCUCAGGGCUUUGAUCCCUUCACGGUUCCUCCCAUGAGGCGUCUCCAGGUCACAGGAAGGAUCCCUGCAGGGAAAGUGAGCCCCUGCUGCAGCAGCACAUUCACCAUCAGCAGACGGCACAACAACAUCAUAGAGGCGUGUACGUUCAGAGCUAAACGUGGAGCUUCAGCAUCUGGCUCUGUUGGAUGUGGAGAGAAUAUUUUUCCUUUUGGACACCACACAAGCAAGAAUAACUCCUAAAGUCCUCAGUAACCAGUUCAGUUCCCAGUUUGGACAACAUUGGUCCACCCUCCCCCACAAAAGCGCUCUAGUCUCAUGUUCCUGCGUGGAUGGAAACACGCGUGCCAUGGCGCCCUCUUCAGGUUUAGGCGGGUAUUGCGCACAGGAGGUAAACACGCAUUUGUCUUCAGGGAAAGAUCUCUGGGGACACCAAGCGGCCAGACAUGGAACUGAUCCUUCCCGGACACCAUCUUCUCUUCUCCACAUGCUACUUCUGAAAUGGAGGUGAUGCAAUGAGGCGGUGCACGUUAAUGGUCUCUAUUUAAAAUCAAACCAUUAGGGUACUGCUAAAGAAAAAGUUAGGAAGAAAAAAACAUUAGCAUUACUUAAAAUAAUAAAUAUGCUUGAUUUGGGUUAUUGUAUCAAUAAUAUUGAGAAUUUUUUUUUUCAUGAUUAUAUAAUUUUUUAUUUAUAUAUUUUUUUGUGAUUGAUUGUGAAGUUUGAUAUGUAGGAAAAAUGAAAUUAUGGUUCAUCAUUUAUUUAGAACCAGGACAUUGUUAAGUUGUUGAUAAAAUGUCUAAUAGUCUACGUACCGUAGAAAAACACAAAACUUAAUGUAUUUGAUGUAUAAAUAUAAAUCUAAGCCCUGAAAAUGACCUCUGUCCUGCUGCCCACAUCAUCUAGUGUGUUGUUCACAGUAACAGUGGUGGUCUGUAUGUGUACAAUCUGUGUUUCCCUAAGAAUAGUGCUACUGUCAUCUAUAAAUGACGUCAUUUAAACGUUAUACUCAGACUUCUCAUAAAGAGCGCUAAUUGUGACGUUCUGUAACUGUAAUAAAACCAACGUGAAACGUGAAA